AUGGCAGGAUCUAUAUGGAAUAAAAACAGCUGGCAUUGGGAGGAAAAAAAUUACAACAAAUGGGGGGAAUCUUAUAUAAAGUCGAAAUUAAUUCAUUUAAAAAUUGAGGAUGAAAACUUGUCUAUAUACUUUGAUACAAUCAACAUAACAGGAAAUGCUUCUGUAUCAAUUCGAAAGGGGAAACAAAUUAGCUCUUUCGAAUUUGUCAUUAAAUUUAAAUGGAAUUGUUUAAGAAAAAAAGAAAAUAUCAACUCCUUCGGUGGGGACGUGGAAAUAUUAGAUUUUUCCAAUUGUUCAUUGGAGGACAACGAUUAUGAAAUAAAUGUGGAAGCGAAUGAAAGCAAUGCAGACAUGAAAAAAGCAUAUGAGAUAUUAAGGAAAGAAGGGAAAGAAAAAAUCAAAAACACCUUGAAGGAUUUCCAGCUCGAACUUUUAAAGCAUGACACAAAUGAAUCCACCAAAGAACUCAAAAUCAAAGAAACUGAAGAAGAAAAGCUUAAAGACAUAAAAAUUAACUAUAACGAUAAUGUAAAAAUACAACAAGAUAUAAACAAUAACAAUAAUGUAAAUAAAAUUCAAAAUGACGAAAAAAAAGAAGGAUCUGUAUGGAAUAUUAAUAAUUAUCAUUGGGAAGAAAAAUGUUUAACAAAAUGGGCAAAAGAAGAAUUGGAAAAAAUUUUAAAUAGUUCUACAAUUGAAUUAAAUAAUAAUAUUCAUUUUCAAUUUUUUAAUGCAGAAAUUGAAGGAGAAGCUUCAUCAAGUUUAAGAAAGAAAAAAAAAAUUAUUAUUUAUGAUCUAAAAAUUGGUGCUGAAUGGAAAGCUUCCAAAAAAAAUAAAAACAAUGAAAUUGAAAUGGAAGCUAAAGGAUACAUAAGUGUUAACGAAAUUAUUUCGGAUUUUUCUGCUGAUGAUCAAAACAAAUAUAAAUAUAAUUAUAUUUUUGAUAAUAAUACACCUGAACAUUCUACUAUUAACAAUGUAGUAAAAUCAGAUAUCCCCCAAAAAAUGAACGAAAUAAUUGAUUCUUUUAUUGAAAAAAUGAAACAAAAGUAA